AUCAUGGGCUAUUUUUGGCCAGUGCGUUAGCUCAUUAUAAAGAGUUUUCUCCCCUCCCUGCCUUUUGGCGAGCAAACGUACGCGUGACAGCUCGGGAGAAGAGUGUAGGGGAGCGCAAGCCCUCAUCUUGGAUUAUUUCUUUGCGUUUUACACCAAUUUAUUUGUUAUUUUCUGCCCCUACUUCACAGUUUGUCCCGGUGCGAUGAGAAGACAGCUGUCGUACACUUUUCCAAAGAAGCGUCACGGGACGCGUCUCAAGUAAUCCACUUGGACUGAAACGCACUGCGCUGUGGCGCACCCUGCUCGCUGCCUCCGUGAACUAACUCUGUUGCUUUUGACGAUAUUUUGAACACUGUAUCUCACCUCAUUCAGCAACAACAAACUAUAUUUUUUAACAUCCCGAAGCGUAGCAGAAAGUCAUGGAAACUAACCCUAUACCCAUUUUGACUAUCCAAACUACCCCCUUCGAUGACCAGAGACCAGGGACGAAUGGGCUGCGAAAGAAGACAGCGGUUUUCGAAAGUAAAAAGAACUAUCUGCAAAAUUAUAUCCAAAGUUUGCUGUCCUCCAUCGACUUGAGGGACCGUCAGGGAUGCACUAUGGUGGUGGGCAGCGAUGGAAGAUACUUCAGCCGGGCUGCAACUGAAGUCAUCGUUCAAAUGGCAGCUGCCAACGGGAUUGGACGUCUGGUAAUUGGACACAAUGGGAUCCUUUCCACCCCAGCGGUCUCCUGCAUCAUCAGGAAGAUAAAAGCCAUUGGUGGAAUCAUCCUCACUGCAAGCCACAGUCCAGGAGGCCCAGGGGGAGACUUUGGGAUCAAAUUUAAUGUCGCUAAUGGAGGACCAUCCCCAGACACAGUGAUGGAGAGGAUCCAUCAGGUGAGUCGCACACUAGAGGAAUACGCCAUCUGCCUUGACCUCCACAUUGACCUGUCCCGCCUUGGCCGUCAUGACUUUGACUUGGAGAACAAGUUUAAACCAUUCAGAGUUGAGAUAGUGGAUUCAGUUGAGAUCUAUCUAAACAUGCUGCGGGGAAUUUUUGACUUUGGUGCCAUCAAGAGCUUGCUGACAGGUCCAAAACAGCUGAAGAUCCGAAUAGAUGCCAUGAAUGGAGUUAUGGGACCAUAUGUCAGAAGAAUCUUAUGUGAUGAGCUCGGGGCUCCAGCUAAUUCUGCUGUUAACUGUGUCCCUCUGGAGGACUUUGGAGGCCAACACCCUAACCCUAACCCUGCAUUCGCUGCAGCUCUGGUGGACUCCAUGAAGGGGGGAGAGUUUGGCUUUGGGGCUGCUUUUGAUGCAGAUGGGGAUCGCUACAUGAUUAUGGGUGAGAAUGGAUUCUUUGUGAGCCCAUCAGAUUCACUGGCAGUGAUGGCUGCAAACCUCUCCUGCAUCCCUUACUUCAGUCAGAGAGGAAUCAGAGGUUUUGCCCGCAGUAUGCCAACCAGCACAGCCAUUGACAGGGUUGCUAAGGCUAUGAAGGUGGCGCUUUAUGAAACUCCCACAGGCUGGAGAUUCUUUGGCAGCCUGAUGGAUUCUGGGAGGUGUUCUUUCUGUGGAGAGGAGAGCUUUGGAACAGGUUCAGACCACAUCCGAGAUAAAGACGGCCUGUGGUCAGUUCUGGUAUGGUUGUCCAUCCUGGCAGUGCGUAAGCAGGGGGUGGAAGAAAUAGUGAGAGAUCACUGGGCCAAAAUGGGGCGCAACUACUUCUGCAGGUUUGACUAUGAAGGGGUGGAUAGCAGGGCAGCGUAUUACCUCAUGAGAGAUCUGGAAGCUGUUCUCACUGAUAAAGCUUUUACCACUCAGAAGUUUUCUGUGGGCAAUAGCAUCUACAGUGUGGAGAAGGCUGAUAAUUUUGAGUACACUGACCCAGUGGACGGCAGUGUGUCCAGGAAACAGGGCCUAAGGAUCAUCUUUACAGACUCGUCCCGAAUCAUCUUCCGGCUCAGUGGUACUGGUACUGGAACCGGGGCCACUCUUCGCAUCUAUGCUGAGAGCUACGAGAGAGACCCAGAGAGACACAACAGAGAGACUCAGGUUGUGCUGGGUCCUCUCAUUGCCAUUGCUCUGAAAAUCUCCAACAUACACGAAAGAACUGGACGCAAAGGCCCCAGUGUGAUCACCUGAGACCAAUCCAGCACUGCACAUCAGGGGCCAAAAUCAGUUUCCUCACUCAUCUGAUCCUUUUUUUGUGCCUUUCACUCAGCAUCACAAAGAAUGUGCCAACUAUUAAAUGUUGCUGCUCUUUUAUUAUUUCUCUCCUCUCCUCUCCUCUCCUCUCCUCUCCUCUCCUCUCCUCUCCUCUCCUCUCCUCUCCUCUCCUCUCCUCGUUAUCUUGUUUUUCUUCUUCACUUGUCUUUACAGGGGCCCCUGUAUUGUUUUCUUUUCUUUUGCACAUGUAUAAAAUCAUUUGAACCAUUAAAAAAUCCAAAGGGAGCCAAGUGUUUUCUUCAUGUUCAAGCAAACGCUCCUUUAAUGUGUUUAAUUCAAUUAGAAUGAGGAUAGAAGCAGAACAUAUGUAGACCACUUUGUGUUUUUGAUUCAGAUGCAUGGGGUCUAAACCCUAAACCUUGUGAAUUUGGUUACUGUGUGCUUUUGUUUACAAUGUAGCUGUUACAAAGAACCGCAUUCAAAACAAUCAAUGAAAAGAGGGAGCAAUGCCGUUCAACAUUUACUUAUUUCUGUGAAAUUCACAUUAGAAACACAUCAUAUUCUAUGCAACAGCUAGAACUGAGCUCAUGUCCAAGAAUGAACCACUGAAAUAAUAAUCAUAAAGAUUGCCUAAGUUAGUCCUUAGUCCAGCUGUGCUACAAUUCCUACAUCCAGUCUUGUAAUCACUUACACUGAUUUGCAAUUUUCCGAACACUUUCUGAAAUGUGCUGCAAAUGAACUUUGUGAAUCAAAGUAUGAAAUGAGUUAAAGGAAAGUUUUCACUUUCGGCUAGCAGCUCGACUUAAACAAUACUUAGUACUUUUUUAUCUUAUAUUUUAAAAUCCUGCAUGAAUCAGUUUGUUUAAUGUAAGAUGGAUUAUGAGCAUUCCAUUGUUUAUAAGAAACAUGCCUCUAAGUUUAUUAUUAUUUAUAUAACACUUCUGACAUUUAUAAAAACAUUUCUUUGAGCCAGUGUUUAAGAUAUUUCAAAGGAUUUUUCAAAAUUCUGCUGUUCUUAGAAGCCCCUUAUAAACCGUGUACACAUUACCACGACUCCAAGGUGAAAAGCAAAUGCUCCCUUUUAAAUACUAUUUUGAUGGAAGAAAGAAUGAAACUAAAUAAAUACAAUGGCCUUAGCUCUAUUUUAAUUUUGUAUCCUAAAAAAUUGCAUAAAUAAACUUUUAUCUUUUGUGUGUCCUGG